AGUCCGCUCCACAUGGCAGCUCAAAGGGGACAUAAUGGAAUCGUACGCAUGCUCCUCCAAUAUCACCCACUUUGUGAUGAGAGGGACAGCGACGGGGUAACGCCUCUGAUGCACGCCACCAUUGGUGGCUAUGAAGAUGUGGUGAGCUCGCUGCUGUCGCAUGGAGCGCGGAUCGGUAGCGUGGAUUGCCGAAACCGAUCGGUGCUUCAUUGGGCGGUGUUACAUCGACGGGAGGCUCUGCUCAAGAUGCUUUUAGCCUAC